CGCAAACGCGCGUCAAGGGUGGAAGACCUGUUUUUCCUGCCUUGGGGAUCGGUGUCUUCGACUCCCGGAGGCGGGUGACAGCAGGCGAACCAGCAGGCAGGGUUGUAGGUUUGGCUGGUUGGAGUGGGUUGCGUCACCAACCUGCAAGGCUGCUUGGGGGCGGUGCUGCUCUUUGCUCAGUGUCAAUCGCAUAGACUGCAACAGCACGGCGAGGAAGUUGAAUAGAGGGUGUGUGUGUAUUAUACCUGGCUUUCCACCCCGCUUACAUCGCUUGCAUUCUUUCACACAUUAAUAGGGUUGGAUCCCGUUCAUUUACGGAAACGAAAAGGGAUUUGCUACUACAAAUUUCAUGAUCAUUUCGGCGUCGGUGGAUUUUCUGUGGGAAUCUGUCUGGAUUAUAGGAUGCUAAGAGUUUUGUAAGCAAAGCCCCUCAAGAUGAGUGUGACGUCAUGGUUCCUGGUCAGCAGCUCUGGCACCCGGCACCGCCUCCCCCGGGAGAUGAUCUUCGUGGGCCGGGAGGACUGUGAACUCAUGCUGCAGUCCCGCAGUGUCGACAAGCAGCAUGCGGUAAUCAACUACGACUUGGCCACAGACGAGCAUCUUGUGAAGGACCUGGGAAGCCUGAAUGGGACCUUUGUGAAUGAUUUAAGAAUUCCAGACCAGACCUACAUGACCCUAAAACUGAACGAUGUGAUAAGGUUUGGAUAUGAUACACAUGUUUAUGUGCUGGAAAGGAGUCAACACAGAGUUCCUGAAGAGGCAUUAAAGCAUGAGAAGUACACAAGCCAGCUUCAAAUGAACAUCAAGGUGUCGGAUGGGAAGAAAGUAGAGCAGACUGAUGAAACGGAGAGCGGGGCGGAGUCCCCCAGGGCUAAACUGGAGAAGGGGGACCCCAAAGGACUGCCAGAGACUAGCACAUCCCGCCCCACGCCUCUCUACGGCCAGCCAUCGUGGUGGGGAGAAGACGACGCCGGAAACAAAGUGCCGCCCGCAGAUGGGACACGACCAGAGGAAAUACAGUCCGAGGGCCCGAAAGAGACGGCCAGACUUGACCCAGAAGUCAACGGGACCAUUGCAGAUUACAGGGACUCCCAGGGUAAAUCUAUCUACUCCUACCGCCGGGAGCCCAGCUACUUCGAAAUCCCCACCAAGGAGUUCCAGCAGCACCACAAGUCCCCAGAGGCCGAGGUGCACGAGAUCCCCACCAAAGACACAGACGCUGCCCCCUCCCCUGUCCCAGCCACUACGCCCCCCGUGGUCCAGAGCCAUGCCUCGUUCACCAUCGAGUUCGACAAUUGCACCCCUGGCAAGAUAAAGAUCAGGGACCACAUCACCAAGUUCUCCUUGCGCCAGCGGCAGUUUGGCAAGGACCUGGCGGCAGCCCCCACCGAGGUGAUGUCAGUGGAGAGCAAGGUGGCCGACUGGCUGGUCCACAGCGACCCCAGCUUGAUGAGGAGGAAGCCCCCCUGCGACGAUGUGUACAGCACUAAGAGCGACCUGCCCGUUUACAUCAAGACGCUUCAAGUCAACAGACAUGAAGACGGGACCCAGAGCGACUCGGAGGACCCCAUCCUGUCAGAGAAGCCCAACAAGCAGACCACUCCCGAGGAGGAGCCGCUUCAUUCGCCCCCUGAGUCUCACUCCUCUCUCCAGAGCCAAACCAAACUGGAAACCCAGGAGUCGCUCAACCAGCAGGCCUUCGUCAUAGAGUUCUUUGAUGACAAUCCCCGCAAGAAGAGGUCGCAGUCCUUCACCCACAAUUCCGUGAACGGUGAUUCCUACUCCGCCCUCAAAGCCAAGCUGGAAAAACGCAAAGUGGCCGUAGCCACGACACAACACACAAGCGGGCCGGUGAAGAGCGCAGCAGGCCCCCAGAGGUCCAGCUCACUCAAACGAGAGAAGACAGAAGACCGUCUCAGCUCAGGCUCCUCCUUGUUCUCCUCCCGCACACCAGUGACCGUGAAGCCCUUUGGCAGCGUGGGGAAGAAAUCCAAGCUGGCCCAGGACUUUGCGGCCGAGUUCUUGAAAGCUCAAAGUGCCACUGCUCUAGCCGUCGCUACCCCCGCCCCUGAAAAACCAAUCCCUCAGCCUGUAUCUGCUCCCCCGGUGAUGGAGUCUGCUCCUCCCCAACUUCCAACUCCCCCCACCUCUCAGCCUGUCACCCCAUUUUUGACGAUUGGAUCCCUGGCUGCCCCUCUUGCGUUUCCCCUUGCAGUCCGGUCCCUGGACAUGAAACCAGGAAAACUAGGUCGGAACGAGGAGGACGACAGCCUGAGUGACGCAGGGACCUACACCAUCGAGACGGAAUCACAGGACAAAGAGGUGGAGGAAGCUCGGAACAUGAUCGACCAGGUCUUUGGUGUUCUCGAGUCCCCUGAAUACACUGGAGUAUAUAGGCCCGUAAUUAAUGAUGACAAGGAAGAACAUAAUAGCUGUCGGCAUAGCAAAAGUAACACUGUGGAUCAAAAGGAAACUCCAUUGCAGGGCUAUAACCGAGCAUUCAUUAGUGGCCCACAGAUUGAAGGAAGCGGACAGGCUCGACACGUAGGGCCGGUUCCUCCAGGAGGGCCGAAGUGGGUAUCCAGGUGGGCCAGUCUGGCAGACAGCUGCGGAAACUCUGGACCCGCCAGCGGCUUGCAUGAUCUGCAGCAGCACGGGGAUGUUACAGACCGAGAUAGGAGAAUCGGUCACCUGCCCUUGAUGAGUAGGAGUGCAGAACAUACAGAAUCAGACAGUACCCAGUCUGCAAGAACAAGAAGACUCCUUCCUCAAGUUCCACCGGCAGAAAAGUCUGAAAGCCCCACACCCAGUAUUGUAAUCCGGCCGGACCCUUAUCCCAACUACGAGGUUCCUGAAAGAGGGAGUGGAACACCGCGGCAGCAGGAAUCAGCCCAGAGGCUGUGCGUUCAGGAUGACCUGGAUCCUGACAGCCUGAGCGAUGCAAGCAAGUCAGAUGAUGGUUCUGCAGUGCAGAAGAAUAAGAAACACAGAACUGGGAGGGGUGUUGACAAAACUAAACCAGAAAAGCUGUGGACUGAUAACACCAAUGUUCAGAGACUAGAAGAAAAACCUGCGGUGACAGGAACGAGAGCCACCUCUUUCUACAUCGGGUCUGAAGAGACGCCUUCAAAGCAGACCUCUGGGCAUGGCCACACUGUAUCUCGAGCCGAGAGGGAGCCUGAAGUCUCAUCCAAGCCUGCCACUUCAACCGUUUUUGGGAAACAUUUGGCGAAAAUGGAUGCCAAAGAAACAGGGAAACAGUCUGUCUUGGUCCAAAAGAUCCAUUUGCAAGAGAAAGAGGCUGUGCCUACAAAAGAAUCUUCUACUUCUUUUGUCAGACAGGAAAGCUUCACCAAAGACAGACCUAGCGAUGAUGUUCCAAUAAACAAGCUCCCGCACAUUUCUAGCCAUCCAGCUCUGAAAGAUCUUGAUGUUAGGAACGCCUAUGGUACAGAUUGCAGCCAGGACACGCAACUGUUUCUCAAGGAUACUGAAAAUGCACUGGCGGCUUUGGAGGCCAAGUUCCAUUCUCAUGGACACCACCGAAGCCAGAAAUCUGAAACAUCCAUAACCCAGAUGGAAGACUCUUUGUCUGGUGAAUCUGAUGUUGACACAGCCAGUACGGUCAGCCAUGUCAGCAGCAAAAAAACUGUCGGCGCCGUGCCACAAAAGAGGUAUAUCAACAGUCUCCAAAAAGAGAAGUCCUCUUCAACGCCUUCCAUCCAGGAUCAGUAUGGCCAAACCAGCGCUCGCGAGAGGCUUUCUGAAAAGCGCAGGACGCAAGUGUCGGAGGGAGGGAGCAAAGCAGACUCGACCAAGCGGUUCCAGCUGAGGCGUAGCACUGGGAACCGGGGCUCCUUGGACUUUACGGAAGACGUCCGGAGCACCAGCCUCCAGUACUGGCCAGAUUCCUUCUCUUCAGACCAUGAAUCAAGUUCCCGUCCAACAAUGCGGAAGAAGCUCAUCGCCCAGCCCCAGAAGGAAGACCCUAGCAAAGUCCCCAAGUCCGUGGUCUACCAGGCCCUCACGCGUUCAAACAGCUUGUCAGCACCUAGGCCUACCAGGGCAUCCAUGCUGCGCAGGGCCCGUCUGGGAGAGGCUUCUGAUAACGAGGGUACCGAGACCGACCGUGUGUCUCUGAACUCGGAUGCCUCUGGUCCUUCCAAACCUCAGGCGGACAGCAAGAAGCUCUCUCGGCUGGACCUCUUGGCCAUGCCACGGAAGCGAACAGGCUCAUUCACAACGCCCAGUGAUACAGAGACCUCCACGCCCAGGUCUGGCUUCUCUACUCGUAGUAUGGAAUUCAGCAACUCAGUUCGCAAGUCAGUUGCAGCAGAGGCCAAGCCCACAGCCAAGAGGACUCCAGGGGCAGGGGUAAAGCAACCUGUCUCCAGGGGCCGGUCAAGCAGUGCCAGGUAUUCCAGUGCUACAUCCAGCUCCAGACGACGCCAGAAGGGCUCCGAUUAUAUCUCUACGUCAGACGAGGAGUAUGAGUCCAAUCAUACUUCCCCUAAACACAAACGCUCCCAUGCUUCAACAGCCACACAGACCUCCAGAGCCCAGGCUGCUGGGAGACGCAAAGUGCAGGCCAGAGAGACUGAAGAGGAGGAGGAGGAUGAAGAGACUGACCCCUAUCAGCACUGGUCAUCGCACAGCGCAGAGAUUGCGAAGCUGAGUCAGGACCUGGCUAAAGACCUGGCGAUCCUGGCCCGGGAGAUCCACGACGUGGCUGGAGACGGAGACUCCCAGAGCUCUUCCGGCACUGGGCCCAGUACCUCCCUCAGCUCUGUACCCAACACCCCCGCAUCAACCAUGUCAGCCAGGGAAGAGACAGCAUUGCCAUCAUCACAAGCCACCCGUUCAUCACAGCUGGUCCAGCACAUUCCCGAAGCCAGCUUAAACUUUCAGAAAGUCCCACCAGGUUCAACAGGGCUCAAGAAGGAACUCGACCAAAACAUGAACGACCAGGACUUGAAACGUCGCUCUUGGAGUAGAGAAGAGGUCAUUUUGGACAACCUGAUGCUAAACCCUGUGUCGCAGCUCUCCCAAGCCAUUCGAGAAAACACAGAGCAACUGGCGGAGAAGAUGAAGAUUCUGUUUCAGAACAGAACAGGAAACUGGGAGGAUAUUGAAGCAAAAAUGUAUUCUGAAAAUGAAGUGCCGAUUUUGAAGACGUCAAACAAGGAGAUCACGUCGAUUCUGAAGGAGCUGAGAAGAGUUCAAAAGCAGCUAGAAGUAAUCAACACUAUCAUCGACCCCAGCGGAAACCCUGACCUGGGAUCCAGAGUCUUCUCGAUUGGGGCUCCCCCAGCCAGCACGAGAGGCAGGACUGGCCACAGUGGGAGUUCUCCUCGGGACUCCAGGUCUCCUGCACAGCGAGGGAGCUACCCGUCCUCGAAUGCCAACACCAGGGGAAAGAGGGAAGCAUGCGCUGAAGAGGAGAGCUACAUAGUCUGAAUGUGUGUGUGUCUGCACAGUUGCUUCUCCCGUGAUUGGUGUGUGACGUCUGUGUUGUGUAUGAAUGGCUGUGGAUCAAAACUUGAUAGAGUAUCGCUGUAAAUUGCUGACACAUUGCACAAAAAAAUAGCUUGCUUUUAUGAGUGGAUUGUAAAACAAUGUAUGGCUUUUUGAUUUUGUUUUAAAAAGGCAAAUUAUCACUGUGGGGCAGCACAUAGUCAGCAUAGAGGCCAGUUUGGAGAGCGGCAGCUUGUCAAAUCCUGUGGAAGAUAGGUAUUGUAGUGCCAUAUCAAUGUUAUUUAUUCAUUCUUUAUUAAGGAACAAGAAAUUAAAAAAAUGGAAAGCACGCAACCCAAAGUGACCCGCUACGUUACUGUGUUGUGCGACCAUCUCUUACUGUUUACCAUAACCAGAAUGACCAAGUUUUGCUCCUUUACAAAAAAAAAAUGUCUUCUUAUUAGUAGUCAAUUUCCCUGUUGCCAUUAUAGAAGUUUAGCCAAAACAAUAUAGAUUUUGGGAGGCCAGUUUUGUAUAAACUAUAAGAAAUAUCAGAUUAAGCAUAUUUACAGUAUACUGAAGUGACCCCCUAUCCAUCCUGUCUCAUAAUAAUUGACAGUUUUUUGUUUUAAAUGUAUCUGUCUUACAAAAAUAGUUGGACCCCAAAAUGGUAUCCAUUUUCUACAAAUGAUAAAUAACUGGGGUUGGAAAAUGUAACCCCAUGGUAUCCAUGACUACUGCAGAUAAUCGUCCAAAAAUAGACAGAAGACAUUUCUUUUUAAAUUAUUGCCAAGUUAUUUUUGUUUUAUACAUUUUGCAAAAACAAACUCUUAAUGGCAGCAAAUCUCUUCUGCGUGCCACAACUGCUGCUCUCAACCUGAAGCAGUGCCACAGACAGAUUCCUGUUUAAUGAACAUCUUCAACUGUCUGUUAGCAUGUAGCACAGUGCCAUCUGCUGUAUGGAACUUGAAUCUGUUAAUGAAUGGGGUUUUUUAAAUUGUUGCUAAUGGGCGGCUUUAUCUUGUAUCAAUUACAGCAGUGGUUUUCUGUUAUCUUAAUCCACUUGGUGGCUUGCUUAAAUCACAAGCAGUCUGUCUCUUCUAUAAAAAUACAUUGAACAUAGUGGUAUAAUUUUAUUUAGCACACAGCCUCAUAAAAUAGAAACCGCAAAAAAUAAGGAAACACUGUUACCGACAGCCACCACUUUCAAAUAGUCCCGAAUUGAUUCCUCUUUCGUUAUCUUUGAGUCUCUGAGGGUUGACACAAAUGUAUUUGACAAAAUUUGGUUAAUCGCACAUCCAACAUAGACAUACUGGUUAGCUUUGAAAAAACGUGGUUAAUAAAUAAAAAAUAUACUACUUGCAAAGACAGCACUGUUCAAUUUUCUUCAUGUCUUAAACAGGGCAUAUGAAGUCAUCUGAUAUGGAACACUUUUCUGGAAUCGUUGUGGCUUGGGGAGGGAAGGAGUUGAACAGUGACAGAAAUGUUUAAAACGUCCGGUAUAGAAAGUUAAUAAGUGGCGCAACUUACGCACCAAUAAAUCUCUGAAACCAGUUGAUGUGGUUUAGAAAUCUGUUUGGUUUGUGAAGUGUGGGUGAUUGAGGUUGGGGUGCCAUAGAGACAGACAUGUACACUUUGUGCCACAGAGUCAUACAGGGGGAAAGUGCUUCAGCACUAUUUGUUCUUUGCAUGUCUCAUGAUUGAGUCAUCCUUUAAUAAAAUAAAAAUGAUGGAAAGACUACGACAGGGUUUAAACAUGACACUGCUCAGAUUAUUAAAGUAGACCCCAUCAUAAAAAAACAGUACUUUGGCUAAUAACAGUAAAGUCUUAAACACUGGCCAUACAUCCUAUUACAGUACAUCCAUCCUGCAGCUAACAUCUACGUGACAUUCCAUAUCAUACAAGCUACUCUUCGGACGUUCCUUCCAUAUGGUUCCAAAGUUCUGUAGUUUUAGUUAAGGUGCUACGGAUCAGUGGACGUAGUUUGUGUUAAAACUGAAGGUAUUCUGUUACACUCCUGUAAUAUUGAAGAAAGUCGUUUUGAUGAAUGUCUUUUAAAAACCUAAGGGCACUGUUUUCUGUCUUGUUACUCAAAUACAGAGCAGUUUGCCCAUCUGAAAUGUGUCACCAUAAGAGCACGAAGCCAAAGAGCAAACAUGAUGCUACCAGCCAUUUUCUGCCUUAAACCGAGCAGUAUUCCUGGUUGUUGAGAACAUAUUUAAUUUAUGUUGCACUUAGCUGUUGGCAGUUUCCUUUUCCUCCCUCUCCCUUGGAUUAUUCUUUUUACUCCAGUGCAGUAUGUCAUCUACUCCACUUUCUAAAAUAGAAAUAGAAGAGAUUCCUUUUCUCAAAGUCUAAGUAGCUUCAGUUGUCAUUUUAAUGGACUUUUUAGAUUUACUUUACUACAGUAUAGUGCUUGUAAUCCAUUGAGUGAUUCUGGGUUUUGUUGUGCCAAUAUUGAGUUUGCAGUUUUGUCAAAAUCAGCCUUUUAACUAAUUUGAGCCUUCCUGGGGAAUCCUAAAUGCUGGGACUCAGCAGCCUUCCUCAUUUUAUUCAUCUGGCAAAUAGGUCUUUCAACUCUUGCCAGCUCCACCUACUGAAAUAUAGAUCAAGAGAGUAGGUAGGGUUGGCAGAGCUGAAAGGUCACGAGUCAGGUAAAGGCAGAUUAUAAGAAAUUAUAACUUGAUCCUGGAGCAACACAACCAGAACCACUUGGAAUGACCAUCGCCAUAAAUCAGAAAAUCUAAAAAAGCAAUUCAAAUGAAAUUAGCUCUAUUCAUUUUUUACAUGCUUCCCUUAGCGACAGCACAGGACAAAAAUAAAAGUGGGAGGAAGCUAGCAUGACUGGAGCUCACCCUACUGUAAGGGAAUGUUAACCAACUGCAAAGCAAACCAGGCUUGAGGAGUGCAUAGGAUAUCCUUCUUUAGAAUAAUGUAGAAAACAUUCAUUCUACGAAGAAUUGGAUUAUAAAACUGACCAUGAUUGCAGUUUCUAACAGGUCCGUAACUGCCAUGGUUCUUAAGAGGUUUAACAAUAAUGGGUGUUUUAGUAAUUUAAAGUGGCGUCACAAUCCCCUGUAUGUCCUAUUGUGCCAUUCCUUUGUUUAUCAGGUGUAUGAAAUGUAAAUGUGGAGGAGUAUGUUACAUGUUAAGUAUUUUGAUUACUCUUCUGUUUAUUAUCUGCACUACAUUAUUGGAAAGCCACUGGAUCCUUGUUAUCUGCACAGCGGUUUUUCCUUUUAACUGAAAUGAAUAAAAAAAAAAUAGAUUGUAUAUCGUGAACGCUCUAGUCUUAGAUCACCAAAUGUGCACUUUGAUGUGGCAGACGCCCUGCUGUGUAACCAUAACAAAAAACUGUUAACUAUCACAUGGACCUCAGUUAGAAAUGGAGCAUUGAUUUGUACUCUAGUUGAAAUAGAAGUGAAUUUCAACAAUGUAAUUUGUAACUCAGUACUUGCUGCAUAGUAUGUGUAUAUAUUGAUUGUGUUUAAGGGUGCACUGGAUUCUUUUUUUGUUCAUUUGAAACAUUAGAGAAUGUAUACUGUGUCUAUUCUGCUGCCCUGUGCUGACCUGUGUCCAUCUGAACAACGUAUUGCUCUGAUGCGGCUGCUGCUACCUCCACUGUGAGAUGUCUUCACUUGUUCCUGGAUUACAUCUAAAUGAUGGCGGCGCCAUAGCCAUUAUAAAAAAUAGCUUUGGCACCUCUAUAAAUGUUGAUUUAAUUCAAGCGUGGGUCACUCUCUUUGUUUUUUCCUGCAUGUAACAUACAUUAAAGCUGUAUACAAAAAACAAAACAAAAAUGAAACUGGACGCUAUCACUUGAAGUCUGUGGAGAAAAAACAAAAACACAGUUGGUUACCAUGACUACCGUAUCCAUCAGUUUUUUUUCCUCACUUAUGUUUUCUUCCAUGAACAAUCUAAUUUAUUUGUAUUCCUAAGUUCUUAUUGUUUUUUGUUAAUUUUAUUUUUGUUGUACUUUUUGAAAAAAAAAGGUUUAUCUGUUAACAGAAAGGUUAUACAUAUCAUUGUAUGCAUUCUUUAAGUAAGUAUUUAAUUUUAUUAUGACAAACUUGAUUUUAAUAAAUUGUUCUCGAUCACUGGC